GCUCGCGCGCCGCGUCUUCGUCUACACUCAGGUGAUCACGGCGGUGCCGAUCGCGAUGUGGGCCCUGGAGCCGCUGUUGUCCGGCGGCCAGAACACACCGCUGCCCGCGUGGCUGCCGCUGGACAUCCACGCGACGCCGGCCUACGAGCUGCUGUGCACCUUCCAGGCGGUCGCCGUCGCCCUGUCCGUGGAGGCCAGCGUCUGUCUGGACAUGUUCUUCAUCGUCCUCAUGAUCGCCGUGGCCGCCGAGCUGCACAUACUCAACGAUAACCUCGAGGCGGUGCGGCUGCAUCCCAUCGAUACAUUCCCUCUGAAGGCUGCUGACAACUCUGCGACGCGUUGGAAUGGAAAAGCAUCUCCUCUCACGGAGAAGGGAAUACCGAGCAGCCAGCAGUACGAAUACCGCCGAGAGAGUCACAGAAGCACGAGUGCACUUCACGCUACAGACGACGCUCACGAACUGAUGUACCGCUCGCUGGUGAAGAACAUACAACACCACCAGCUUAUUUUGAAGUGUGUCAAAGAACUGGAGACUGCAAUGAGCUAUUCUAUUUUUGUUCUACUGUUCUUAAACAUGGUGACCAUUUGCACACUCAUCAUAAGCACCACAGUGCUGUUGCAGAGUAACUCAGAUCCAACAUCGCUCUACAAGAUGGUUUCCUCACUGCCUAUUGUUAUGUUCCAGACAGGACUCUUCUGCAUCUUUGGACAGAUGAUAAUUGACCAGAGUGAGCGUCUGCCAGCAACUGCAUUCGGCAGUGGUUGGCUAGAGGGCAAUGUCCGCCUGCGGAGAGCACUGCUGCUGCUGAUGCGACGUGCAGCCAAUCCACUCCGUAUCACUGUGGGCAGAAUGUACCCACUCUCCAGGCACACCUAUCUGCAGUUGCUGAAUGGGUCAUACACGAUCUUCAACAUGAUGUACCAAGUUCGAGGCAGAAGUGAUUAACAAUGGAUCAGUAAUACUGCAAAGUAGCCAACCAAUAGAUAAUCACAAAGAAAUAAAAUCUUAGUUAAGA